AUGUGUAGACUGUGAGGGGAAAGGAGGAAGCUGUGUUUCCAGAAUGGGGCAGUGGGCAGUGUUGGUGCUGUGGCUUUCUUGGGUCACUUCUCUUACAGGUCAAAAUGCUCCAGACAAGACUGUGUUCUAUACCUGCAAUAACACAUUUGUAAGUGUUUCUGUUAGAAGUGACCCACUUGGGUCAGGGAUGAAGCUGGAUCCUGGAAGCCUGACCCUGGGGAGAUGUCCGGUAUCUAGUACCAGUGCUCUUUAUGGAUUCCUUGUAUUUGAAUACCCCCUCUCUGUCUGUGGGUUCUCCAGAAUGACUUAUGGGAACAUUGUGAAAUAUUUUGUGAACCUGGUAUACCAACCUACUAAUGUCGGUGCAAGUCUGUUUUCUCAGCCUUUUACAACUCAAAUAAGCUGCAUUUUGAACACCUCAAUGACUCCUACACCAACAGAAACUACAGUGGUUGUUCCAGUGUCUGGAGAAGGGCAACUUAAUUUCUUUGCCAGUCUUAUGACUGAUGACUUCUCAGACACUUCUUCUACAAAGGAUUUUUAUCUGGGAUCUCCAAUUUCCUUGCAACUGUCCGUGGAAAGUACUCAUCACAUGCCCCUGCGGAUCUUUGUAGAUGAAUGCAUAGUGACUCCAACUCCAGUCAUCAGCAAUACAGGACCAAGCUACAGCCUAAUUAACAACCAUGGAUGUUUUGUGGAUGGAAAAGUAGCUGCAUCAAAGUUUGUGGAACACUUUCCCUUGGACACAAUUAGACUGACUUUCCCAGCUAUGAGAUUUGUAGAUGAUAGCGAUAAGAUCUACCUUCACUUUAAAGUUGUUGUCUGGGACACAAACACUGUAACUGAACUGAGGAAGGCGUGUUCUUACUUAAGCAAUGGGUGGCAACUUCUUGGUAACUCGCAAAGCAGCGUGUGCAACUGCUGUGAUUCUGUUUGCAACAAGGCUUCAAGGCGCAAGAGACAUGCUGAUCCUGGUCUUGUCUACACAAUGGUUUUAGGACCCUUCAAAGUAUAUAGUCCAGCUGUUGGAGGAAGGGAAAACUCUUCUGCUAAUGAAUCCAAAGUGGAGGUAACAAAGUCGGGCUUCCCACUAUCGCCGGUAGUUGGAGCACUCUUCCUUGAGCUGGCAGUACUGUUGCUGCUGUCUGUAGGUGUUGUUGUGUAUGACCGUGCAGCCAAGCACAAAUGUGAAGAGACUGAAAAACGCUCCCUUGUUACUAAUGAAACUGACCAUUUUAAUUAAAGCAUCUGUCUACCACACCAUA